AUGUACGGAUCAUCGCCCACGGUGCGGCGGAGUGCGUUUGGGAAAAAUGCGUCGCAUGAGAAUACUGUCAAUGGAAUGAGUGAUCGGCGGGUGGCGGCGACGCCGUUCGCGAGCGGGACGUCGCCGGCGACGCGAGCGUCGCCGGCGUCGCUCGGAAGCCGAGGGUCGUUCGCGAGCGCGUCUUGGAGUUCGAUUCAAGGUGCGUCGCCGGCGAGCGUGCAUAAGAGUGGACACGGGAUGGACGAUGCGUUGGUGCGAACGGCGAGCACGGAGCCGGCCAAGGUGAAGGUUGUGGGAUUCGACGUCGGGGGGAAGGGGGACGUCGGGCGCUCGAGCGCCAAGCCCCCAGUCGGGUUGCUUCGCGCCGAGCUCGCGGGGGACUUUACAUGCGACGUUUUCGAUAGCGAUGCGUAUCGACGCGCGAUGACGGUUGCUCCGGAGAUAUUUGCCGAGCCCACGGUGCGGGACGCCUUUGACUUCGCCGCCAAGUCGCACGCGGGACCGGGGCUAGGCCCCCAUUUUGAUCGAUGCGUCGAAACCGCCGUUACGCUCGCCAAGCUUGGCAUGGACACGAAGACCGUGGCCGUUGGACUGUUGCACGACACAUUGGACGUAACGUCGUGCGAGGUGGAUGAACUUCGCGAGCGCUUCUCCGACGAGAUCGUCUCCUUGGUCGUCGACCUCUCUCGCGUCCAUCGCGUGUCCAAGCUGCAUCGCGCGUCGGGACGUAGGCUCGAAGUCGAGGAGCGAGCGCAGUUUCGCGCCAUGCUCCUCGCGAUGACGGAUGCGCGCGUGGUCAUCGUCAAGCUCACAGCGCGUCUGAUCAAGAUGCGUAAUCUGCAGAGCACGUCUGCGUCACAGCAGCAAAAGUUCGCUGAGGAGACGCUGAACAUUUACGCCCCGCUCGCCGCGCGCCUCGGCAUCUUUGCCGUCAAGAAUGAGCUCGAGGAUCUGACUUUUAAGUGGAUGAACCCGGCAGCGUACGCUGAGAUCUCACAAGUUCUCGAUCAGCGUGAGAUGAUCGUUUCUGCGCUCACAAAGCUCGAUGAGGGACUCGCGUCUCGCAACGCGCAAGUGGUCGACUUGUGCGGUCGUCAAAAGUCCGUGUACUCUGUGUACAAGAAGAUGAUGGACAAGGGUCAUAAACUCGAUGAGAUUAUGGAUUUACGAGCGAUACGUAUCAUCAUCGCCGACGGCGACGACGACGAUGAGUCCGAGCGCACGUGCCGGGAAGUUCUCGAGUCCGUCCACUCCAUCUUUACUCCGGUGAAAGGACGCCUCAAGGACUACAUCGCGAACCCGAAGGAGAACGGCUACCAGUCGCUUCACUCUUGCGUGCGCGAUGAAGCCGGAACUACGUUUGAGAUUCAGAUUCGAUCGGCAUCGAUGCACAGAACGGCGGAGUACGGUGUCGCGGCGCACUGGCGUUACAAGGAGAAUGAAAAGUCGACGACGAGCCCGAAAGUUGAUCAACAGAUUCAGUGGGCGCGCUUCAUGCUGUCCUGGCAAAAUGAACUCGAUGAUCAGCAAAAGAUCCGUCCUCUGCGCACCGCCGCCGCCGUGGACUGUGGUGCGUCACUCAUGCCGUGCAUGUUCCCCACGCACGCGCACGACUGCAUGUUCAACACGGCGGAAGGUUUCUGCCAAACGUGCGAUGCCGAAGACGCGUCUCCGCACUACGUCAUCGUCGUCGUCGACGGCGCGGUUUCGAUUCGUGAGGUGAAGCCCGAAAAUACUUUGGCCGAUCUAGACUUUGAAGAUAACCGGGUCCCGGGAGGCGCCCGAUCGACCGAGUUCGUCCGCAUCUCUGGCAUCAAGGUCAACAGAGAGAAGAUCGCGAUCGCCGACGCGGCCAAGACGACGCUCAAGAUGGGCGACGUCGUCGAAGUGACGCGUUCGCGCAUCUCCCCCUCGGCAAACAAGAGCUGGGAUGAAACCGACAACGUCUCGGUGUUCGAAGAGCUCAACCUCGAGGUUCGCGGACUGCCCAAGUCUGACGCCGUAGACUCUCAGCGUGUUCACCUGACGUGA